UGAUGAACAGCAGAGGAGAGCAGUUGUGAAAUUCUGACCAAAUCAAGUCGAAUUGCACGAGGUGGGAUCAGAGGCCAAUUCCACACUGCGUGCGCUCCGGGUGCCUCUUUCCCUCUGGAUCCAGUCUCAGGAUGUCUCGUGGAAGAGGGAGUAACAGGCGGCUCAAAGUCCUAAGCCAUACCAGUAAACCUUGCUAAGUAGUGGAAGGGGGAAGGUUGGAGAAAAUGGGCAGCAGCUCAACUCUGCUCCAAAAAACACGCAAUCGCAAUCGCAAUCUCCAACCUUGAAUACCUUGAACGCACCCCACUACCACGACCACGACCGACCACGACCGACCACCUCCACCUCGACCUGCACCUCCGCAUUGAAUUACGCCCGCGGAUCGCAUCGCCUCACAUCGCCAUCGCGACUCUGGCCUCUUGAGGGAUACCUGUACUUUCUUCCAUCCAUCGUCUGCGACUUCCGACUACCCAUACUCAUCCCCACUGCACUGCGACGCCCACACGCGACUCCUGAAUCUGCCUGGCCAGCGCCCCAAACCUCGCUCGCGACUCUUUGUCCUGCGUCUGGAAACGUGUUGCGCAAACACCAUCACCCGCCGCCCCAGCGCCCGGCGCCGCGAAAUAUAUACCGCCAUACCUACCGUACCGUAGACGUGUCUGCCGUGCACGCCUCACCUGCCAUCCCAUCAAAUGAUUGAUUACUGUAGGACGACAUCGCUGCAAUUGUAGCCUCCGGGCCAGGCGUUGAAAUCGGUCGGAGGUGCUGCUGUUGCGAUUGUCUAGGGGUUUUUUUCUGUGCGCUCCCAUACCAGAAUCCGGCCGCAAACAUGGACCUGCGAUCCAUCAUCAACACCGAAGCGGGCGAGGGAGAGAGGGAGAGCCAGCGAGAGAGGGAGAGCCAGCGAGAGAGGGAGAGCCAGCGAGAGAGGGAGAGGGAGAGAGCCAGUGCAAUUCCCAAGCAAGCAACGCCCGUCACUCCCAACCAGCCCUCGUCGCAGCAGUUCAGAGACUUUGCCCAUCCUCAUCCAGCGCACCCCUCGCACGAAUACCUCGACCGCACGCAACCCGGCCGGCCAUAUACCUCCUCUCCCUCUGACCCCAAUAAUUACUCAGGACGACCUCCCCCUCCACCUCCCAUCCAGGCGCCGCCCCACAAUGAUUUGAGAUCACCAGCACGUUUUUCGGCGCAGUCUCCAUACCAGCAGACGCCCUCGUCGAAGACUUCCCAAUAUCCUUUCCCACCCACGCAGACGCCCCAGAGUCCAGCCCAACACCACCAAUACCCAGCGUCUUUUCAGCACCGCGAGAGCUUUUCCCGGUCGAAUCCACCACCACCGCACCUUCAACAACACAAUUCACUGGGUCAGCAGCACGGCCAAGUAUCUCCGGCUCCACAAACACCCCCAAUUGGUAUGCCUGGGGCACCACACCCAUAUCUUCAGCAUCAAAGAUCGCACUCUUCCGUGUCCGCGUCCACUCCGACCCCGACUUCCGCCCACAGUCAACAACCCCCAUACUACCCCCCACAAUACUCGCCAGUCAGUCCAGGAGGUUCAGGUCCUUUUUCUCACCCUCAAAACUCACAACAUCAACGACAUCAGUCACGACAAUCUCAACCGGGCACACCGCUUGGUCCUCCCUUGACACAAAGGCAGUCGUCUGGAAUUUUUCCGCAACCCUCAAGUCCAUAUCAACAACGAACACACUCCCAGGGUUCAUUUUCACACUUUCCACACACCUCACCCGCCCCACCUGCGCCAGCCACGCUGCCACGCCAUCCAAGUACACCAAGUGGAGGAGGAUUUGAUUCCCAAAGAACUUCGAUUAGCGAACAAAGGAGGUCACAAAGCGAGAGGGAGAGGAGCUUGAGUGUGAGUCCAAAGACUCGCCUUCCAAGUCAAACACCAAGUCAAACACCAAGUCAAGCCGAGAUCCCUUUUCCCCAGCCAAUGCCAUUGCCCAUACCUCAGGCCCAACCGCAGCCCAUUCACCAAACUUCACCCUCAAACGGGCCAGCAAAGAGAAGAAUGGAGGACCGAGAACCAAAGGAAGAACGUAUACAAUCACAACUCGACUCGAAACCACUGGUCAAUGGAGAUCAUCGUGUACCAAUGCCAGAAUCCAACUCACCUAAAUUACCUCCCAAAAAACGAAUACGAUAUGUAGAACCUCCGAUUUGGGCUCAGAGUGUUCGAAAUAAAGCCGUUUUUGUUGCGGCCAAGAAUAAGAAUUUGGCAAAGCUGAAUGGAGGAAAGCAAGCAGAAGUACCAAUGCCUGUCAAGGUUGAGACGAAUGGUGGACGACAGCCUUCACCUGUUGUAGCUCGAACUGCCUUUCCUAGCUCCAAACCCGAUCCAACCUUGAUUUUAGGUCCAUGGGAAACGAGUAUAAUUAAUGAAAGACCAGUAUCUGGUAUGACAAAGGCGGUUUCCGAUUAUUUGUAUGCCGAGGUUGUAUCACGAGAUGACUUUGGAGAACUGUCAAGCCGAGGUGUCGAAAUUGAGAUUGAAGCAAAAUUGGGUCAAUUGAUUGAUAAAGGUACUAAUCAAAGAUACACACUACCUGUUAUCAGUGAGUGUGUUAUUCCAAGUAAUCCGCAAAUUACUUUUAAGAGUUCAAUGACAUUGGUAUGUAUUUUUUUCCCUUUCCUGUUGAGGCUUGUCGGUGCCUGGAGUGGUAACAAACGAGCAUCUGGUUGUGAACUGGUACUAACCUAUCAUAGCCUCAACAUUCACAUCUGAAUGGUUUUCUGAAUGCUCAAGUUCAAGCAACAGCCAAAGGAUCAAGAGUUCCAGUAACUUAUCGACAUCGACGUGAGACGGACAGAUUUUAUGAACUACCCCCACAAUUUCAACAAAGAUUACCUGCUGCUCUGAGGGAAAGAAUCAGACCUAAUCAAUCUGUGAGCGUUCGAGUUACUCAUGAUCAAAAGACGGAUCAAGUCAUAGCCAAAAUCAUCAAAGUUCGUAUUUCUAAUUUGGAUAUCCACAUACCACAACAUCCACUGGAUUGUCGAAUCAGUAUCAACUUUGAAUGGCAAUAUGAUGGGGAGAUUGAAGAGAUUCUAUCCAUGGGUUAUCGGGAAAAGGAGAGACGAUCGGAUCGACAAAAGGAUCGAUUGGGUUAUAUCCAAGGACCGUAUCAGAUUGACUUGACCCAAGUGACCCAUGAUGUUCUUCUCAAUGUGCGUUGUUUACUCCUUCACGUCUGUAAGUCUAUGCUAAUCACACCAGGGCGUCUCUCGAACUGAAAAAGAACACGAACUCGAAAUCGAAGUUAAUACCGGUGCAAUUCGCGAGCAGGGAAUGAGAGCUAGGGAUGGAGCGGCUCAUAUGUAUCCAACAUUGGUGGAUGGACUGUUAAAUAAUGUCAUUAUCCUUUCAAAGGAGGUACCAAGGGCUGCGGGGGAUUGA